CACCCCCCCGCCAGGUCCGUGACACCCGGCUGGGGGGGGGACCCAGCGGGGUGACCGGGCACCCGGAGCCUGGCCCAGGGGUGCCCCCAACCCCACCGAGGCGCAUCCCGCUCCGCUGGACCGCUCUGCCCCUGCUCGGGGCUGGGAGGAGAACUGGGUCAGCCUUGUAACCAUGGAGAUGCUGAAGGAGAUGCUGAAGCAGCGCCGGCACAGCCCCGCUCUCCAGAACCCUUUAAAGAUUAACCAGCCCCGUCACCCUCCGUCUCCAGCCGGGGAUGGGGCUGGGGGGCUGAGCCUCCUCGGCAGGGGGAGCGGGGCGGCUGCUGCCCAGUCCUCCUCCACCUGCGCAGGGCGCUGAUCCCACCCAGCAGAGCCGGGGCCGGCGAGCAGGCGAGCGAGCGGCUGACCAUGUUCAACGGGGAUGCCAGCUCCUCGGCGGCCAGGAGCGUCGUCCGCAGCUCCAGCAUCAGCGGCGAGAUGUACAACAUCGAGAGGAGCGCGCGGGGCAGUGCCGACUCCGUCACCAUCACCGCCAGCAAGAAGCGACGCUCCAGCCUGGGCGCCAAGAUGGUGGCCAUCGUGGGGCUGUCCCAGUGGAGCAAGAGCACGCUGCAGCUCAACCAGACCGAGGGUGGCCCCAAAAAGCUGCGCAGCAACAUCCGGAGGAGCACGGAGACCGGCAUCGCGGUGGAGAUGAGGACCAGGGUCACCCGACAAGGCAGCCGGGAGUCCACCGACGGCAGCACCAACAGCAACAGCUCCGACGGCACGUUCAUCUUCCCCACGACCCGGCUGGGCGCCGAGAGCCAGUUCAGCGAUUUCCUCGACGGGCUGGGGCCGGGCCAGCUGGUGGGACGGCAAACGCUGGCCACCCCGCCGAUGGGCGAUGUCCACGUCGGCAUGGCUGACCGGAACGGGCAGCUGGAGGUGGAGGUGAUCCAGGCCAGGGGGCUCAUCCCGAAGAUGGGCUCCAAGUCCAUCCCUGCCACCUACGUGAAGGUUUACCUGUUGGAGAACGGCGUCUGCCUGGCCAAGAAGAAGACCAAGGUGGUGAAGAAAACCUGUGACCCGUCCUACCAGCAGCCUCUGCUCUUCGAGGAGAGUCCCCAGGGCAAAGUCCUGCAGGUGAUCGUCUGGGGAGAUUACGGGCGCAUGGACCACAAGUGCUUCAUGGGGAUGGCCCAGAUCGUCUUGGAGGAGCUGGAUCUCUCCAGCGUGGUCGCGGGCUGGUACAAACUCUUCCCCACCUCCUCCCUGGCCGACUCCAGCAUCGGGCCCCUGACGCGCCGCCUCUCCCAGUCCUCCCUGGAGAGCUCCACCAGCCCCUCCUGCCCGUAGGCACAGCUCGGUGGGAGAGGCCGGGAGGCGAAAGGAGACGUCCUGACCUACCAAAACUGUUAGUGGAGAGCUGUAAAUAUCCCGUCUUUUUUUUUUUUCUUCCUUUUUUUCCUUUUUUUUUUUUUUUUUAAAUCUCCUUCCCGAAACAAACCCGCUCCCCCCCGAGCACGUGUCCCGGCACGCAGAGGGGGAUGCUGCAGAGGGAGCGAGGACCGUGUGUUUUGAGGCAGGGGAAGGAGAAGCAAACCCCCCCCACACACCCCGGAGGGCUGCGACGCCGACCGCCCCCGAGACUGUUACCGCACCUCGUCCCGCCGGGAAGGAAUGGAAGCGACACGUUUCUCUCCCGACCACCCGGCGAGAGCAUCUCGGUCCGAUUCAUUCAGCGCCGCUGCCGAGCAGCGCCUCGACGAGGUUUCUGUUCCUCCGAUUCCAUUUCCUUGCCUCCGAGGAAAAGGUAGCUUUGCAAAGGAAAAAAAAAAAACAAAACUCAGAAAAAAAAUCCAACUCAGCACUAUUAUUUUUUUUCCCCCCCAAGGAAUGUAGCAUCUUCUAUUAUGUAGCUUUGCCACGUGCUAACAACACACUCACUCUCUGCAAUAUCUAAGAGACUCCGGAUGGACCGGAAACAUCUGCCAGUCACUUCCCGUUUGUUCGUUUUCCAACACAAAUCCCGCCACACUGAGCAAGCACUUCUGGUGGCCAUUUUUCUUUUUUAUUUAACUUUUUUUUUUUUUCGGUAGCAUGUAGCCUGUGACCAGUGACAUUGCCAAAGCGCGAGAGGACAGAAAAAGGUGCACUCGCCUCCCCUGAGCACGCGCUGGUCUCAGCCUCCUGUGUCACCACUGGCCCUGGGCUUGCGCAGCCAAAGCAAGACCCGGAAUAUAAACUCUGUGAUGCCUCACGUGGAAGUUGGAGUCAGGAGAAGGUGACACGACCCAGCAGGAAAACCGCGAUGCUGGUGGAUCGUCUGGCUCCCGGCCCCUUCCUCCCGCGAGGGCCAGCUCGGGGUCCGGGAUGCUCUCCGUGGAUCAGGGAUGUUCUCCUCGGAUCCGGGAUGCUCUCCUGGGGCCCGGGAUGUUCUCCUCGGCUCCAGGCUGCUCCCCUCAAUACUUGAAUUCCAAGUAGGAGCCGAGGGUUGGCCGGCCCCGCGGCAGGACACACCUUUCUCCAACUCUCGACUUGUUGGUACGCUACAGGGGAACAUCUCAACAGCAUCUUCUGCUGAUCUGGAAUUGGGGUGACUGAGAGGUUACGAACAAAGGACUAAAUGCUUUGACUUUAUUAUCAGGAUGAGUGUUUUGGGUUUUUUGUUUGUAUGUUUUGUUUGUUUUUAAAGCAGCAUUUUGGUUCCCCCCCGAGGGACCAGUUCUUGUAGCAAAACCAAGAAUUAUGGAAGCUUUUUUUGAAGGUGCCUAAUGAAAUUUGCUGAAAAUACUCAGGGGAGACACCACUAGAAACUCUGGUUUCUUCAUAAAAUAUACUUAACACAAUGACUGUCCUGAAGGAUCAGUUUCCAAAAGAGAGAAAAAAAACAAACAACCAACACACCAAAAGAUGAGCAGUCGUGAGACUGGAAGAGGAUGAGAGGUGAAUGGGGAAUUGUCACCGAGCAGACAGCUCUGACCUUCAGUCUCUAACACAGAUCAACCCACAGCACAGUUGGGAUUUUUUACAGUUAUUUCUUGGCAAAGCAGAGAAUUCCACAAUGCACAGAGCACAACAAACCAACCUGUGGUUCUCCUGGUGACGCCGGGAACGAUGAACCAGCUCGAAGCUGUUGCCAGAACGGAACAAGAGCAAACCCGCAGGAACAGCCCGUUGCAGUGAAGCUCUUCCCUCCACAACCCCCAAAACGGGGGUCAGCGAAACUCCGCUGCUCGGCGGCUGGUUUACCCGACACCGCGAGGAUUUUAGUGACAUCGUGUCAAGGAAUUUCAGCUGCUAUGGUGGAUUUUGGAACUUCACAAGUCAAAAAAAAUCACUGUAGACCUCUGAGAAGAGAGCGAGCUGGAUGCUGCUGACCCAGGGAUGGAGAGGGGUCUGCCCAAGACCCCGGUACCUGCCUCCUCAAGGAUUAAAUCCUCGUUUCCCAGAGCGGGAAGCGCUCGUUCGAGCGACACGCGCUGGUUUCUGAGCUCGUGCUGAAUGUCAGUGUGCAGGACGGCGGGACGCACGGACAGCCGCAGGCGGUUUGGGGAAGCAAACGCGGUGCCCUGACUGCCGGGACGGGGAUAAACAACGGGCUGAACACGACGUUCCUUCCCAGCACGGAGCAGUUAGAUGAGGCCAGCGACGCCUGCAUGAGGCUAAACUUUCUCUGCCCUGGCGUGCUGGAAUUUUGAAUACACGUGAGGGAAGGCAUCUUAAGAGGAAAAGCUUUCUGCUCCUUCAAGCUAACAUUAUUUGCUUUUGCUUUACAAACUCUAUUUCAACGGGAAAAGGAAAAAUCUGCCUGUGGCAGGACAAUAAACCAUGUCCACGGGGAACGGAACAGCAGCGUGGGCAGAGCUCUGCGGGUGUUUUCUGCACACUGGUGCGGAGACAGCAUCCCACCCCCUUCCAGCACGGAGCCGGCUGGCUGUGCGGCUCUCCAGGGAGGCGCAGAGCUUUCCCAGUCCCUCUCUCCACGCGCAACACAAGGCUUUUCUGGAGCUGGAGAACCGAUGCGGACGCCGAGCAGCAGCAGCCCCGGGGCAGCCGGACCCACAGCAGCAGAUGCCUCAGGUCCAGCAAAAGGCUCGCUGGUUCCGCACCCCGUGAAAACCUGCCCUUGCCGGCCCAUGGAAAAUCCAGGGAAAAGACCCGCCACAGCUGGAAGGCACACCUGGGUACUCCAGGGAACACGGAAAACCCAAGUACUUUGGCUUAUUUAUCAUCAUCGAUAGACUGAGGGUGCAUCGGAGGAGAACAGCGCAGCUCACGCCAGAACAAACUGCACCCCAGUUCUUUCCCAGUGGGGUACUCUCGUCUGCUGGGUGCGGGGGGAACGAUUCCUCCUGCUCAAUGAGAGACCGGCAAGGUGGAGCCACCGCGCCAGUGACUGCCAGUGACCGUCACUCACUAGACAAACCGAGAUCCAUCAAAACCUUAACGUCUUCACUGUCAGCAACACGCGUCCUGUCCCCCCGGGGGGCUGGGACUCACUUCUCCAGGGAAGCAUCUGGGUCAGGACCCACCUUACGCCAGUGUGGAAAAACCAAAAUGGGAGGAGAGAUGGAAACGUGCCACGUUCACAUCGCGGCAUCAGCUCCUUCGCGUCUCUGAGCGCCGGGGACCACGUGCCAGAUGCUUUCCCUCCUCCAACAACAAGAACAAAGAGGCCAAGACACCCAGUUGCUUUCUACACCCAGAAAAACCACAAGCUUCUGGACUCCAGGUUUUUGUCUGGGGGAAUGUUAUAUUGCAAAGGGCAUUUCUUUUUUUUUUUAACAUACUAUAUGAUUUGCCAAAGGUGGCUGCGCCGCCUAGGUAUUAUGCACUGUUAUUUCCUCCCUUUCUUCCACCUUCCAUCAGGAAAUUCAAACCAUUUGAAUUUCCAGAUAUUUUCCCCUAGAAAGAAUAAUUAAGUCUUAAAUGGAAUUAAACUUGCAGCCCGUUUCCUACCCAGCAGCAAGUGAGCACCCAGUAGCACCCACCUGAGACACAGAAGACCUUACCAUAGCCCGGCCAACAGUAGAUGCUGGUGUCGGAAUCAAGGCACCCUACUUGAGUAACAAGGGUGGAUUUUGCCAAAAUAGCCUGGAAGUUAUACUUAAACAUCCCCUAAACUCUAGUAAAAAAAUAAAAGUCUUGGCCCCGCAGCAAAGCACAGAAAGCACUAGAUGAUUUCGUGCCCAGGCCUAAGUUAUCCCUGGGUUUUUGACAAGCCUGGAAUGGGCUUUAUUUGCCAAAGUUGAGUGACUGAAAAUUUUCUAGGCUGCCAGAAGAUGGGCCAGGCCUCUGGGCUCAAUCAGAAAUUAGCUCCUGUUUCAUCUACGUCAUAGAACGGGAGAGGAUGCUUAGACAGAGUUUUCCGGAGCUCAGGUGAGACACAGAACCAGUCACCUGGCCAGCAGUCACAAAACUAAACCUAUCAAGUGGCUUUGGAAAAUGGCACAGAACCACUGAGACGGUGGGAAAUAUUCCCUCCACGACCACCUUUUCCAGCUCCUAAAACCUUUUCUCCAGAAGCGGUUACAGAUGUAGCUCUCAAUAGCAAAUACGAGACCAGGGACUGGCAGAGGAGCGGGAUGGGGGUUCCCUUUGCUGGGAAUCCCGUCUGUUCACCAUCUCACGCGCCCGCUCCAGCAGCGACGAGACGUGAACCACCAAGCCUGUAUUUGUAGGUGUUUGCCCACGUCGGUGCACGUGAGGAGUUAACGCAUUUGAAUACCCGUGCUCGUUUAAGUGAGCUUGCAAAUACUCAGCAGCAGCGAGUACAAUACAAGGGUCUUUACUGAUAUAAGGCCAUUUAUAAACACAUCAGCGGUGAUGUUUUUCCAGGCGUAAAGAGUCUACCUUCUGUUUUCUUCCAGUUGACUCAGACACUUCUUCCCAGAUUGAUGUGAAACACUUGGACAACGCACAUCUGUAAACUUCCUUAGGGGUGUGCGUUUGGUUACUGAUUUGGAAAAUAACUGCAUUUUAAAGGUCAAGGAACAGUGUUCAGGCACCGUUCUUCUUGAUGGCUGAACUCAAAGUCUAAAUGUGUUUUGCAUCACAGAUGGAAAAAGAUAUGAAGAGCUCUCUCCCUUUUCCUUUGGGUUUUCAUGCCUCCGGACAGAUCCGUAGAAUUACCUUCAGGAAGGGCAAGGUUGGCAGCCCGCGAUGUGCCGAAGGCGUGACGGCCCGCCCUGGUGUUUCUCUAGCAAAGCUGUUUCAACUGGAAGUCUUCCUUCUACUCCGCGGCCGCAGGCACAGAGAACACCCCAACCCUUGGCUGGUUGUUAGAGGUGCAGGAGUUACGUGUAGGAGCUAAAAAGAAGGUUGAAAGGCUGCAGAAAAGAUUUCCUAUGGAAAAAAAGCCAGCCUCUGCAGCAAGCAGGGUUGGAAUGGGCGGGGUACAGACGUGCUACGCGUAACGCAGCUGAAGUCCCACAAAACAGACUCAGUGACCCGAUGUGACAGUCACACUCACCUUAACCGAGCUGGUCCGUAUUUGGGGAAGAUGUAGGUUUUAAAAGUAGACUUAGAAAAAAUGUACAGUAAAGGGCCUAAGUGUUUGUCUUGCUGUCCGAAUAACCGCCGCACUGUUUGACCCCCAUCAUCUGCCUCGGGCACAGACACCAGGACGGCGCACGGGAGCACCCAGGGAUCCCGGAGAAAGCAGCUCGGUUGGCAGCUGCCCCCGGGACCCAGGAGCUGGAGUGUGACCACUGGGCCUGUCUGAGCUCCGAUUAUCGGUAUACCUCAUUUAUUAUUUUUUUUUUUCCCCUUCUUUUUCUCUCUCUUUUUUCUUUUUUUUUUUUUUUUUUUUUAAGAACCAGAGCUUAGCGCGCUCUAUCACAUUCAGGUUAUUUUUCCGUUGUACCUGUGCAAUGAAGAGCAAUGCCACGGGGUGUGCAUUGACCACCUGCUGCCAGCCCCACCUCUGCUUCGUUUAGCACUUGCACUAUUGAUCGCCGAGCGAAAGGGCACGGGAAGCAAGAGGCCAGUGCGCUUCCCUGCAGGGAGGGAUGGUUCGGCUGGACAGUAGGUACUGCCCUGGUAAAAAGGGUGUAGAUAAAAGCGGUCCAAAGGCUGCCCCUUAGCCCGGCACAGGCGGGUUUUUGCAGUCCUGCUCCCCUAAAAAGUCCUCCCCUCCCACCGAGGAGGCGAGCAUCGCGGGUGCGAUGGGCCGAGGACGGUGCUGCUGCUCUCGGAGGGGCACUAAGCCCUCGCUAAAGCUUUUGUCUGUCCCGCGGCUGGAGCGAGGGAGCCUCGGCAGCGGACAGAAAGGGCGUCCCUCCAGCGGGACGACGGGCAUUGAAUAUCAAUCCCAUUUCCAAACAGGAUCGCUGUCCGUAUAUAUUCACUAGAUCCCCGUACUCGCUAAGAAAAGGGACCUUUGCCCUAACGCUUGCAGUGAAGCGACACUUGAUGCCAGAGAGCCUCCGGACGGAGCAGCACCCCCGCCUUGUCCCCAGCUGGCCAGGGACCCUGGCAGCGGAUGCCUCUUGAAUGUUAGCACUUUGAAGUUGGUGGCCUUGUUUUCUUAAAAGGGCUUGAUCUUUUCAUGCAGUUAAAAGUAAAUAAUCGUCCCCAUCAUGUUGUCCUACUCCCCACCUCAAAAUUAAGCGAUGAACAAGCACCUGGACCGUUUAAGACAUUGUCCAGGACUCAAGAAUCUGUCAUUAAUCUCAGAAGUUUAUACCUCAAAUAUAAAAACAUAUACAUCCGUCUUAGUGACAACACUUGGUAAAGUAGCAGCUCCAAGUCUGAACUGAACUGUGUCCUUGAAUUUGCUUACUAAUGGCACCAGGAGAAAAAACCAAACCCACGUACGCACACAGAGAAAAGCACCAACUCAUUUUUCGGAAGCAACCAAACUGAAGCAUUCAUCCUAUCAAAAAAUUCAGAAUUUAUAUUCCCAAAGAUGACACAUGAGGAAUUUUACCUAUACCUUACAAGUCUUUAAAUACAGCCCAUGCCUUUUAAACUGCGUUAGUCCCCCCAGAAGUACGAGGGGCCAGAAUACGAGCACACACUGGCACAGAAAAUGCACAUAAAGGGUCCAAGGCUAUUAAAGGUAUGAGGCAGUGAGAGAUGCACCCAGAACAGCCCAGCCAGCCGUUUCUAACCAUCGCCUUUUCCUCCCGGUAGCUGCUUUGGAAGGCUCAGAUGAGCAUCUUGACGGGUGCAUCAUACAAAAGCGAUACGGCCACGCAAGGACACAGAAGUCUAGGCUACUUCCCAUUUUCCAUCCUUAAGUCCCCAACAAGUUGCAUUGGGAAGAAUUUCCUAAAGCAAGGGUCCCAUUAGUCUGGGAAAUCGUCAGAACUCCAUUAGCCACAAGUUAAUUGCUACUCUGAGCUUAGCCUCCAAUCCCUAGUGAAGGAAGGCAGCAGACAUCUCGCCCUUUGGGUGGCACUCACCAACCCCACGUCUUUCCCUGGGCACCCGUUACCUAUGGAAUUGGGUGCAGAACUCAUCCAGGACUGACGUGCUCCCCCGGGGUAGCUCUGUACUUUUGGAAGCCGGGACGUAAUCGCAGUAGUGAACAGAUUCGGCUGCCUUCACUAGCCCACUCGUAUUUUGUGAUAAACUUUGCUUUGAUGACAGAUUCGUAAGCGUAACAACUCCCCCUUAAAAUAAAUGCCGCAGAGGGGGGAACUAGGGGGUCCUCUGAGCCCCAGUUCCAUGUUCAAGACAAGGGGAUGGGCUUGUGAUGGAUACUUGAGAAUGGUGAUAGAUUUAAAAAAAAGCAAAUGGCAGUUUUAUACCUGUGUUAUGUAACGUUUUAUAUGUGCGUGUGGUCUUUCUUAAUGUAAAACUCUUGUAUUUUUGUGGUUUAUAUGCAGCAGGACUGAUGGCUGUGAGGGUGCACGCUAUUUUGUAAAAUACUCUUAGCCAGUUUUCCCAAGGAGGAAAAAACUGAAGUCUUCACACUUUCAUUGGCUCGUACCUGCAUGUACAGUAUCGGGGCAGCAAGUGAAGAUGAUUAAAGCCAGCUUGAAAACUUU